AUGUCAAACCUUGCAAAACUUGAAUUCUUGGCUCUUGAUAUUACUGGAAAGAACUAUUUAUCCGAGAUGUUAGAUGCUGAAAUACAUUUAGAUGCAAAAGGCCUUAAUGAAGCUAUUAUUGAAGGAAAUAAAGCAUCUAGUCAAGAUAAGGCCAAAGCUAUAAUAUCUCUUCACCAUCAUCUCCAUGAGGGACUAAAGACUGAAUAUUUGAAUACACAAUAUCGUGAAAAAGGUUUUAAGAAAUAUUUUGAAUUCAUAUCUUGUCUUCUUGUGGUUGAGCAAAAUAAUGAACUGUUAAUGAAAUAUCAUGAGUCACGUCCAAUUGGUUCUACUUCAUUCCUUAAAGUGAGUGCGACAUCAUAUAAAGGAAAGGAUAAAGGUCACACUAGUAGUCGUGGUCGAAGACAUGGUCAUGGUAGUGGUCUCGGUCGAGGACGUGGACGUGAACGAGGUGGUCAUUUCAGGAAUACUCACCAGAAGUGGGAUCAUAAUGAUGGAAAGAAUGAUAAUAAUAUAACUGGGAAAGUGGAAAGUUUGUGUUAUCGUUGUGGAGGUAAAAACCAUUGGUCCCGUACCUAUCGUACACCAAAGCAUCUUGUAGAACUAUAUCAACAAUCAUUAAAGGAUAGAUGGAAGAAAAUAGAGACAAUUUUUUUUUUUGAGAAUGACAAAGAUGAUUAUGGCAUCGUUGGUACAACCUAUUUGGAAGCUGCUGAUUUCUUCACCACCCCUGAAGGGAAUAAUUGA